AUGGCUCUUGAUGAAAACACAACGGAUUCCACAAAUCCGGCCUUGGAUUCGACAAAUCCGCUCUACAUGCAUCCAUCUGAAAGCGUUGGUUCUAUGCUGGAAUUUUGGAAAGAACUUGAAGACAGAUAUAAUCAAACAAAUGGGGCAAAAUUGUAUCAGCUGCAGAGGGAGAUAAAUGAUUUGAGUCAAGGAACCCUAGACAUCACUGGGUACUAUACUAGAAUAAAGAAACUUUGGGAAGAACUAAACACAUUGAAUGCACACGCCCAGUGCAAAUGCAAUUGCACAUGUGGUGCUAAGGCGAAUAUGCAGAAAGCUGAGCAAGAUAGAAGGCUAAUUCAGUUUUUAAUGGGACUGAACGAAGUCUACACUGUAGUCAGGGGAAGUAUCUUAAUGAUGAAUCCAUUACCGUCGCUCGCACAAGCCUUUUCAAUUCUGAUCCAAGAGGAGAAACAAAGAGAGGUCAAGCCAAACAAUCAAUUGGUGAUUGAGUCUACUGCCUUGAGUGCUAACAGAUCAGGAGGAAAUCACUUCAGGACAAACUUUGGUCAACAGACAAACGUUGCAGACAACACUGGAUAUAUGAACUACAAUCAACAGGGAAAUAGAACUGGAAACAACAACUACAGGGGAGGACAAUUUGGGAAUAGGCCACAACCUUUUUGUGACUAUUGUAAGAAGCCAGGUCACACUAAGGAAAGAUGCUACAAGUUGCAUGGUUACCCUCAAGAUUCAACAUUUAAUAAGGGAAAGAGAAUUGCUGCCAAUGUACAUGGAAGUCAAAGAGAGGGUGUCAUUGAAGGUGGAGAUGGAAACAGUGGACCUGCACAGGAACAAGACAGAACUAUGCAGAAUCUUACUAAGGAACAAUAUAAUCAGUUGGUGAGCAUCCUGGAGAAUUUUCAUGCUAGAAAUGCAGGAAACAAAAUGAAAGCAUGA